CCAGUGCUCCUCCUACGCCAUCUUUGCUUAGUACUGUAGGUUUCUUUCUCUGUCAGGCAAAUCACGGGGUGUAUUCGCUUCGCGAUAUAUCGAUCGGUCUCUCGCUGGAUUUCUUCACAAAAGCGUCGGCUCCCUCUCUCUUUUCCUGCCUCUUUCUCGGUCCCAAAUCCCGUAGGCAUCUUGAAUCGCGGUAGAUCCAUAUCGGCCUCCGUUGACCGCGCAACAACAGGCAGCACGGAGAGGUUGAGGGACGCAUGGAUGGCUGCAAAGAUGUGGCAGGCCUGAGCUGCGCCGAUUUGGAUCAAGAUCUCGAAUCGCGGUAGAUCAAAUCGCUUUCCACCGUUUGAUCUUGAUCCAAAGGUUCAGCAGCCAUCUUCUUCCUCUCCUUCUUCUUCCCCAGCAACAUACCUCUGUUUAUUUUUCCUCUGGCAGACGCCUCUGACCCUUCCUCUCCACAUGCCUCGCCUCCGGCCGGCGAGGUCCUGUCCGAGCCCUCGCCAGUGGCGCCCUGGCCGGCUGCGACGUCUUCAUCUCAUCCUCGCGCUCUGUCCAAACCGAGCAGCAACCAUAUCUGAAAGACCCCCUACCCACACUGGUCAACGUGCUGCCACGCCUCCAUCGGUGACGCCGCCUCCAGUCGCGUUGUCCGCAUAUACGGCACGGUCUCACCCUCGGGGAUUCUUGUGGAAAUUGACUGACGCCGAAACUAUAUGAGUGCGAUGACGUAGUUUCAAUCCUUCCUGUUUAUUUCUAGGUGCCGCAGCAGUUGUUGAUCCCAUUAUAAUUUUGGUUUCUCACGAAGAAGACGAAGAAGAUCGUCCAGUAAGCCUGCUGGGUGUGAGAUAGCCGCAGCAUGGAUUUUAAGCUCCAUGAUAUCGAAACUAUCACCAACAACUUUGCCGAGGCUCAGAAAGUCGGCAGUGGUGGACACGGAGAUGUUUACAGGGCCACUCAUAAAGGAGAGGAAAUUGCCGUGAAGAAGCUCCAUCAAUUUCAGGGACUCGAUGAUGAAGAAUUCGACAGCGAAUGCCGUAACCUUCGUGAGGUACGGCACCAAAAUAUUGUGCGGCUAAUUGGUUACUGCUACGAAUCUGAGCACACAUGCGUGGUGGACCGCGAUGGGGGGGUUUAUUUGGAACAAAGGAUGGAGCGAGUCCUCUGUUUCGAAUAUAUGCACGGCGGAAGCCUCGAUAAAUACAUUCAAGAUGAAGCUUGCGGGCUUGAGUGGCUGACAUGUUACAAGAUUAUUAAAGGGACUUGUGCGGGAAUAAAUUACCUUCACAGCUCGAAGGGAAAACCUAUUUUCCAUCUGAACUUAAAGCCUGGUUGUUGACACCAGAUUUUGGCAUGAUCACGAAUCCAGAUUCAUAUGCAAAAGUUAGAGGCAACACUUCGCGGGCCGGUCCUGAGUGAGAAAGUAUUCGGCCUUUGUCGGCUGAAUGAGACCUUGCCGGGGUAAAACCUUGCCGCCGUGAACAGUAACCUUGCCGGGGAAAGCUUUGCCGCCGUGAACAGUAACCUUGCCGGGGGAGAGCUUGCCGCCGUGAACAGUGCCGGGGAAAGCUUGCCGCCGUGAACAGUAACCUUGCCGGGGAAAGCUUGCCGCCGUGAACAGUAACCUUGCCGGGGGAGAGCUUGCCGCCGUGAACAGUAACCUUGCCGGGGAAAGCUUGUCGCCGUGAACAGUAACCUUUCCGGGAAAGCUCGCUGCCGUGAACAGUAGAAACUGUCGGGGCCAAUCCGACCAGAUGCUGAAGAUGGGCUCAAAUCCACAGCCCACGCAAGGAGCAAGACAGAAGAUUGGACCAGAUUCGGGCUGAAUCCGAGUGGGACCAGAGCUAGGAUUCUAGGACGUGAAUUGAUGUAAUUUUCUUGUAAGGAAAGCCUAGAUAAAUCCUUUACUUGUAUGGGAAGUCCAGUCGCCUCUUAUAUA